AUGCACAGCACACACACUCCUCUUUCUCACACAGCACAGGACACGUUACAGCGGCACAGGACACGUUACCGCGGCACAGGACACGUUACCGCGGCACAGGACACGUUACCGCGGCACAGUACACGUUACCGCGGCACAGGACACGUUACCGCGGCACAGUACACGUUACAGCGGCACAGGACACGUUACCGCGGCACAGGACACGUUACCGCGGCACAGGACACGUUACCGCGGCACAGUACACGUUACCGCGGCACAGGACACGUUACAGCGGCACAGGACACGUUACCGCGGCACAGGACACGUUACCGCGGAGAGUUUAUGUGCUGUUGUGUUUAUCGGGGCCCUGUCUGUGUCCCCCAUGGAACUCUCCUAUUGCAGGCUGUUAGUUGAUGCUCACACCCCUCGUAUAUACAGUGGGGAGGACAAGUAUUUGAUACACUGCCGAUUUUGCAGGUUUUCCUACUUACAAAGCAUGUAGAGGUCUGUAAUUUUUUAUCAUAGGUACACUUCAACUGUGAGAGACGGAAUCUAAAACAAAUAUCCAGAAAAUCACAUUGUAUGAUUUUUAAGUAAUUAAUUUGCAUUUUAUUGCAUGACAUAAGUAUUUGAUACAUCAGAAAAGCAGAACUUAAUAUUUGGUACAGAAACCUUUGUUUGCAAUUACAGAGAUCAUACGUUUCCUGUAGGUCUUGACCAGGUUUGCACACACUGCAGCAGGGAUUUUGGCCCACUCCUCCAUACCUUCUCCAGAUCCUUCAGGUUUCGGGGCUGUCGCUGGGCAAUACGGACUUUCAGCUCCCUCCAAAGAUUUUCUAUUGGGUUCAGGUCUGGAGACUGGCUAGGCCACUCCAGGACCUUGAGAUGCUACUUACGGAGCCACUCCUUAGUUGCCCUGGCUGUGUGUUUCGGGUCGUUGUCAUGCUGGAAGAUCCAGCCACGACCCAUCUUCAAUGCUCUUACUGAGGGAAGGAGGUUGUUGGCCAAGAUCUCGCGAUACAUGGCCCCAUCCAUCCUCCCCUCAAUACGGUGCAGUCGUCCUGUCCCCUUUGCAGAAAAGCAACCCCAAAGAAUUAUGUUUCCACCUCCAUGCUUCAUGGUUGGGAUGGUGUUCUUGGGGUUGUACUCAUCCUUCUUCCUCCAAAAAACGGCGAUUGGAGUUUAGACCAAAAAGCUCUAUUUUUGUCUCAUCAGACCACAUGACCUUCUCCCAUUCCUCCUCUGGAUCAUCCAGAUGGUCAUUGGCAAACUUCAGACGGGCCUGGACAUGCGCUGGCUUGAGCAGGGGCACCUUGCGUGCGCUGCAGGAUUUUAAUCCAUGACGGCGUAGUGUUUUACUAAUGGUUUUCUUUGAGACUGUGGACCCAGCUCUCUUCAGGUCAUUGACCAGGUCCUGCCGUGUAGUUCUGGACUGAUCCCUCACCUUCCUCAUGAUCAUUGAUGCCCCACGAGGUGAGAUCUUGCAUGGAGCCCCAGACCGAGGGUGAUUGACCGUCAUCUUGAACUUCUUCCAUUUUCUAAUAAUUGCGCCAACAGUUGUUGCCUUCUCACCAAGCUGCUUGCCUAUUGUCCUGUAGCCCAUCCCAGCCUUGUGCAGGUCUACAAUUGUAUCCCUGAUGUCCUUACACAGCUCUCUGGUCUUGGCCAUUGUGGAGAGGUUGGAGUCUGUUUGAUUGAGUGUGUGGACAGGUGUCUUUUAUACAGAUAACGAGUUCAAACAGGUGCAGUUAAUACAGGUAAUGAGUGGAAAACAGGAGGGCUUCUUAAAGAAAAACUAACAGGUCUGUGAGAGCUGGAAUUCUUACUGGUUGGUAGGUGAUCAAAUACUUAUGUCAUCCAAUAAAAUGCAAAUUAAUUACUUAAAAAUCAUACAAUGUGAUUUUCUGGAUUUUUGUUUUAGAUUCCGUCUCUCACAGUUGAAGUGUACCUAUGAUAAAAAUUACAGACCUCUACAUGCUUUGUAAGUAGGAAAACCUGCAAAAUCGGCAGUGUAUCAAAUACUUGUUCUCCCCACUGUAUAUAUAUAAGUACAUGAACAUAAUCAUUUUCUUUCUGCCUUGUCUGUCUCUGCUGGCUCUGCUCUGUCAGUCGCUGGAUGAGGAGACUGGGCGGAAUGGGCCAGGGUUGGUGUCAAUUCCAUUUCAAUUCCUGUCAAUUCAGAAGGUAAACCAAAUUCAAAAUGUUCCUAAUUGAAAAGCAUUGAAGAGAAUUGGAAUUGUAGUUUCGGUGAACUUCCUGAGUUGACUGGAAUUUAAAUGGUAUUGACCCCAACCCUGCACUGGACUGACUUCCUGUUUAAUGAGUUGUCAUGCUGUCCAGUCAUUAGGUGGCUACAUGUGGUUUGAACAAUGGAUUUCCAUAAUGAGAUUACCAAGUCAAUUUAAACUUUUCCUGUUUCUUGGUUUUAUUUCCGACCAGGUCACGCUAAUGGGUCUUUGUUAUGAAAAAGCAGUUGUAUACAGAGAUUAAGUAUUUUUCAAGUUAAAAUCGCAACAACAAAAAAAAAAAAGUCUUGUUCCGUUCACUGCACAAAAUCCACAUAUCAUUCACAAAGCUAAGACACUUUCUAUGUAAUAUUCUUAUCAAUAUGAUAUCAGCCAUUAAGAUGAAAUGAAUCUUUGGUUGAAGUGAACUUUUGGUGAAAUUCUCCCUACACCCUUUCCCACUCUUGAGAUCAGCACAGAGUAAGUUGUAAACCAAAAUGUGAGGGGGAUUAUCGUUACCUCUUCACAAAGCUUUAAUAUGCUUUAGGUGGCUUGAACCAAUCAUUUUGUGUUAUUUCAGUUCAGAGUGAAGCGUUAUCAUUUGUUCAUUUCAAUCGACAACAAAUUGUUGCUGAAGUCUUUUCAUCCUAUCCCAGUCACUUGUUAGUGUUUCAGUGUAUUGUUGUUUAGGGAUGGUUAGGAGGUCAUUAAGAUCGUUCCCCUUCGCUAGCACUUGGUUGCGCCAGACAUUUUGUGAACCUGCUUUCAUUGGCCUUGCCUUGGGUUUGCUUGUUUCCAUUGAAGAUUUCUGUUCUCCCUCUUUUUCUAUCAUGUCAUGUCUGUUCUCAGCACUGUAAGACAGUCCUUUACACAACAUGGAGAAGCAAUAUCACUGUUUAUUACAAUGUACUGUAGUGUUGUUGUUACCAUUAUGAUUAUUCCCCUGCACCCUAAGUGUGAUAAUUGAAGUAAAUAUCUUUUAUACAAACACACAGUGUGGUGUUGUCUGAUGUUUCUUUUGAGAAUUCCUGUUGCCGUCUCGUUCCCUACCAUAAUGCGCUGCAAUAACUUUGUUGACCUAAUUUCCCUCAGAUCAUCUUUUAACUGGGGUGGCAGGUAACCUAGUGGUUAAGAGCCUUGGGCCAGUAACCGAAAGGUCGCUGGUUCGAAUCCCAGAGCCAACUAAGUGAGAAAUAUGCAGAUGUGCCCUUGAGCAAGGCACUUAACCCUAAUUGCUUCUGUAAGUCGUUCUUGGUAAGAGCAUCUACUAAAUGACAACAAAUAUUAAUAACUGACCCGCCAGUAAAGCAGCAACAAUCUGAGGGAGAGACACAAAGAGAGGGAGAGGGGGGGGGGAGGGGAAUACAGAGAGAGAGAGAGAGAGGGGAAUACAGAGAGAGGGAGAGAGAGGGGAAUACAGAGAGAGGGAGAGAGAGAGACCGAGGGGGGGGGUAGAGAGAGAGAGAGAGAGAGGGAAUACAGAGGGAGGGAGGGGAAUACAGAGAGAGAGAGAGGGGAAUACAGGAGGAGAGGGGAAUACAGGAGGAGAGGGUGAAAUCAGGAGAGGAGAGAGAGGCAUACAAGAGGAGAGAGGGGAAUACAAAGAGAGAGAGAGGGGAAUACAAAGAGAGAGAGAGAGGGGAAUACAGGAGUAGAGAGGGGGUAGUAACAGAAGAGAGAGGAAAGAUUGGGGAAAUACAGAGAGAGCGAGGGAGGGGAAAUACAGAGAGAGAGAGGGAGGGGAAAUACAGAGAGAGAGAGGGAGGGGAAUACAGAGAGAGAGAGGGAGGGGAAUACAGAGAGAGAGGGAGUACAGAGAGAGAGAGAGGGGGAAAUACAGAGAGAGAGAGGGGGAAUACAGAGAGAAAGAGGAGGAAUACAAAGAGAGAGAGGGACACAUACACACACAGAGACAGACACUCAGAGAGACACACCAGAGAGAGAGAGAGAUUUUCAUAAACUCCCAUAUCUAUUGGGUGAAAUACCACAGUGCGCCAUCACAGCAGCAAGAUUUGUGACCUGUUGCCGCAAGAAAAGAGCAACCAGUGAAGAACAAACACCAUUGUAAACACAACCCAUGUGUUUAUUUUCCCUUGUGUACUUUAACUAUUUGCACAUUGUUACAACACUGUAUAUAGCCAUAAUAUGACAUUUGAAAUGUCUCUAUUCCUUUGGAACUUUUGUGAGUCUGUUUACUGUUUAUUUUUUGUUUAUUUCAGUUUUGUUUAUCCAUUUCACUUGCUUUGGCAACGUAAACAUACGUUUCCCAUGCCAAUAAAGCCCUUUGAAUUGAAUUUAAUUGAGAGAGACACAUAGAGAGACACACACACACAUAUUUUAGGCAUUAGCCUCACUUUGAAUGUGUGGUGCUUUUAACUCACACAGUUCUAUCACAAGCCAGUUAGGACAGAGAACUUGAUUCAGACAAGAAGCUGUUCCAUCCUGUGUUUUGGUAAGUUUUCUUCAGAAGCCUAGGUAGCAGUGGGGAACCGUCAGGGCCUUCACAGAAGGCCUAAGGAUUUAUUUGUAAAAAAUCUAUGUUUGUUUAUUUAUUUCAAUUUAAUUUCGAUUUCAUCUUUACAAUAAUUGUAAUAAUUUUCUGAUUUCAUCUCCUCAGUUUGUGUUGGAAAGAGAGCGGUUAUUAUUGAAUAGAAAACAUUAUCCAAUCAGGAUUUUAUUUGGUGGUAUCUGGGUAGAAAUCUAGCUAGCUCAGCCAGCCAUUGGCUAGGCCUUCAGAAGCUGGAUAGAAGGCCUCGAUCGUUCAACUGUAUUAUAGCAGAAUUUUGGAAUGACGGUGGAAUGAACCUAUCACAUUUUGACUUGCAAUGGGUGGGACCAUCACUACUGAGAGGGCAAGAGGUAAAGAUGUCAUAAUACAGAAUAGCAGGCUGAUAAACAGCCAAUACAGUAGGUGGCGUUAGACUUACGUUACACUGAUGGGUUGUGUUAGAAAUUGCGUAAUUCAAAUCUGGUAUUGGAAUAAGAGAAAACAUAAUCAAGAGAUAUUCAAUCCAAGCUAAAUUUAUUAUAUGCAAAAUGUAUGUAUGAUAAGUAUGAUGGUUCGUAUACGGGCUCACUGAAAAACCUCGCAGGGCAGACAGAGAACUAAUCCAUUGUUACUUCUUCAAAUACUCUUGACAGUUUUUAGUUCCCGCUCUCUGCUGGCCAAUCAGAGUAGAGACUGAGCGUGGUUUAGACUUACUCAGCCUAUCCGUUGGCGCACGGGCUGGUCCCAACCCCUUGGCGCUCCACCGUUCCCAGGCAUAAGUUGCUAUCAUAACAACCUGUGGAGUUAGCACCCAAAAGACACCAUUCCACUGUACUACGUUCAAGGACGGUUCACAGACAACAAAGAAGCAGUGUUCGUAUCUGUGAGAAAUACAAGUCUUAUCUAUAAGAAAUACAAGUUUUAUCUCAUCCUAGCCCCUAACGUUCCUCACAUGAAUCACAGCCUGUUAGGUGAAACAAUUCAUAUCAGUACAGUACAGACCUUUUAUGCUUUAAUCAUUAAUGCAUUCUUUCUAAGUUAGUCAUCCCAUCCAUUUAUGAGAAUAAUAAAUCCCCACAGUUGUCUGCCAUAAAACCUUUAAGAGGAACAAGAAGAGAGCACAAGAUAAAUGAAUCAGUGUUGCCAGCAGUAUUUUCCCACGCUAAUGCUAGUAAUGUUAGCUAGUUUGUGUUGUAGUAGUGUGACAAUGUUAGCAGUAGUCGGACAAUGGCGGCUGCAGCAGCUGUUAUCAACUUGAAGGUGGAUGUUGUUGCUAAUUUGUCACCAUCACCCUUUUCAAGAUUAACUUUCAAACUUCAUUUACAAAUGAUCAUCAUCUGGUGAGUGGCACAGUUUUUUUUUUUUUUUGCAGAUCGCUUGUUAGCUAGCUCUUUGAAAAUAAUGACUGAAAAUAUUGUUGCAUUUAAACUUUAGAUCGAACACUGGUUAUUGUGAUAAAAUAUAUUUGCAGUGAAGUAAUAGUUGGUUUGUUAAUUUCAUUUUGACAUGAAAUGGUUGUGCUUUUGUAUUGGCAUGAUUUCAAGGGGGCCUACUGGAGUGAAUGGGCUGCUUAUUCUUAAUAAUUUGUUGCUGCAUGUGACUGCUGUCACCUGUCCAUCUGCCAUGUCUAUAUGUUUGACCAAAACUGUCUCUCCUUCAGCGCCAUGGAGUACACAGGUAUUAAUAAUAAUAAUAUGCCAUUUAGCAGACGCUUUUAUCCAAAGCGACUUACAGUCAUGUGUGCAUACAUUUUUACGUAUUUACGUAUUUGUGGUCCCAUGCUCCACCAAUUUAACUACAGAGGACUACAGAGUAUUAUGGUCGCUGUCCUUUCAGCACCAUGAGCAUGUAACCUUUGAUGUGACACUGUUGUUGUCGCUAUUGGUGACAGUGGUGUUGGCGCUAUUGGUGACAGUGUGAUAGUGGUGUUGGCACUAUUGGUGACAGUGGUGUUGGCGCUAUUGGUGACAGUGGUGUUGGCGCUAUUGGUGACAGUGUGAUAGUGGUGUUGGCGCUAUUGGUGACAGUGGUGUUGUCGCUAUUGGUGACAGUGUGCUAGUGGUGUUGUCGCUAUUGGUGACAGUGUGCUAGUGGUGUUGUCGCUAUUGGUGACAGUGUGCUAGUGGUGUUGUCGCUAUUGGUGACAGUGUGCUAGUGGUGUUGUCGCUAUUGGUGACAGUGUGCUAGUGGUGUUGUCGCUAUUGGUGACAGUGUGCUAGUGGUGUUGUCGCUAUUGGUGACAGUGUGCUAGUGGUGUUGUCGCUAUUGGUGACAGUGUGCUAGUGGUGUUGUCGCUAUUGGUGACAGUAUGCUAGUGGUGUUGUCGCUAUUGGUGACAGUGUGCUAGUGGUGUUGUCGCUAUUGGUGACAGUGUGCUAGUGGUGUUGGCUACCACAAGUUGUGUGAACAGUUACUUUAUGAUGUAUGUCAUGUUGUCCACGCAGAUUUUGUCUCUGUAUGUACGGCCUGUUUGAUUCAUUCAUAAUUUUUUACAUUUUAGUCAUUUUAGCAGACGCUCUUAACCAGAGCGACUUACAGUUCCCUCCCAUUCCCUGGACGAAGCUGGGCCAAUUGUGCGCCGCCCCAUGGGUCUCCCGGUCGCGGCCGGCUACGACAGAGCUUGGAUUCGAACCAGGAUCUCUAGUGGCACAGCUAGCACUGCGAUGCAGAGCCUUAGACCACUGCGCCACUCGGGAGGCUAUAAUGUCAUCAUAAUGGAUUGCUCCUCCUUCACUAGAACUAGAAUGGUCUGACUACAGAAUAUAUAAUGUCGGGCGCAUUAAGUGAUACGUUUUUCUGUUAUAAAAAAAUAUGUAUAUAUAUUUGAUACAACUUAUUGGAAGAUUUUUGGUCCCUCUGAAGGCUUAGGUCCUAUAGUCACGUUCGCCACUGCUAGGUAGAAUGUCUCGUGGAUUGAUGGAGACCCACGGCUGUUGACGUUUUGAAACCAGUAAGUGACUGACUCGGGAGCUACAUAUGACCAGAAUAAUACACAUUACAUGGGACUGAAAAAUCAUUUUUUGAUGUAUUGUAUGCGUGUGCACUGAUGGUGGUCUGUGAUGUUGUGUGUUUGACCGGCUGUCCUCUGUCCCUCUGUAGGACGCUAUGCAGACCUGCAGCUGGAGUUCUCGUCUGCGGUCCGGACCAGCGCCGAGCAGAAGGAGCUCAUCCUCAAACUGGAACACGACCUGAGCACCGUCCAGACCAUGUCCUCCCUGUCGCGCCCUGAUGCUGAGGUUAGCCUUUCACCUCCCUGACCCUUCACCUCCCUGACCCUUCACCUCCCUGACCCUUCACCUCUCUGACCCUUCACCUCCCUGACCCUUCACCUCUCUGACCCUUCACCUCCCUGACCCUUCACCUCCCUGACCCUUCACCUCUCUGACCCUUCACCUCUCUGACCCUUCACCUCCCUGACCCUUCACCUCCCUGACCCUUCACCUCCCUGACCCUUCACCUCUCUGACCCUUCACCUCUCUGACCCUUCACCUCCCUGACCCUUCACCUCCCUGACCCUUCACCUCCCUGACCCUUCACCUCUCUGACCCUUCACCUCCCUGAUGCUUCACCUCUCUGACCCUGCGACACCACUACCAGCCUGGAGGCAGUCUCCCCAUCACUGGGAUGCACAUAGGACACACAUACACAUGAUAAGACACUCACUCUACACACACGUACACAUGGAUGUUGUAUUGUAAAUAUGUGAUUGUGGAGUAGUGGCCUGAGGGAACACACUAAAUGUAUUGGGUAAAGUGUUAGGAAAUGUAAUGUCAUGUAAUAUUUUAAACUGUAUAUAACUAUGUUGCUGGACCCCAGGAAGAGUAGCUGCUGCCUUGGCAGCAGCUAAUGGGGAUCCUUAAUAAAUACAAAUACAGAAAUAGGGCCCUAUUCAGACGAGAGAAGUUGGCUUAACAUGGACUUAAGUCAAAAAAUGUCUGAAUCGGCCCCUAAACCCGAAUAGACCCAUGUCUAAUAUUUUCUUAUCUUAUUAUUGUAAAGUGUGUUGCAAUUUUAAAUGCACUUUAAAUAAAUAUUUAUUUGAUGUUUUCUCCACCAGGGGGCUGACCUGGCUAGCAUGAUUGACACCAUCCCUGAGCCAAUCAAAGAGGCCACUGCCAUGUUCGCAGGUACAGUAUGUCUUAGUAGCAGUGUGUGUGUGUGUGUGUGUGUGUGUGUGUGUGUGUGUGUGUGUGUGUGUGUGUUCUGCUGAGUGUAUCUACCGGUGCUGUGUGUGUCCCGUCCCUCCCCAGGCCUAGGCGUGGCCCCCCAGGGGGAGCUGCCUCAAGGCCAGAUGGACUCUCUCCUCUCCAUCAUCUCCAGCCAGAGGGAGAGGUUCCGCUCCCGUAACCAGGAGCUGGAGUCUGUGAGUCCCUCUCGUACACACACACACACACACUCUGACUUUCCCACACUCGCUCUCUUUUUUUAACCUCUCUCCGUCUCUGUGUCCUCCAGGAGAGUCGUUCCAUGCAGGUGACCGUGCAGGCCCUGCAGAGUGAGCUGGACAGCCUGCGUGCCGACAACAUCAAACUCUACGAGAAGAUCAAGUUCCUCCAGAGUUACCCUGGCAGAGUGAGUAGCCGGCUGGCCGCCCGUCACUUCAGAAGAGCAGGGGUGUAUUCGUUAGUCGCAGACCAUAGCAAGCUAUUUGGCCUAUUGCAGCACGUUUUGCAUCAGAAACCGGUAACCAUUUACUCUAGGAACCCGAACGGAAGCAAACAGGGAGGGACCGACCUGAAUCUGUCCAAUAGAGAACAUGUUUGCAACAGACCAACAUCUGGCUAUGGUCUUCCUGACUGACUGACUGUCUGUCUGUUGCCCCCUACAGGCUGGAGGCAGUGAUGACACGGUUACGGUGCGUUACUCCUCCCAGUAUGAGGAGAGACUGGAUCCCUUCGCCUCCUUCAGCAAGAGGGUGAGGAGAACCACACAUGUUACUGAAGAUUCAGAUGUGUAGGUAGAUUGUUGAUGUGUAUUGAUCAGUAUGUGUUGAUGUCUGCUGGCCUGUAGUGUUGUUGUUGUUGUUGUUGUUGUUGAGACUCAUCAUGUGUGUGUUUACAGGAACGCCAGCGUAGAUACCUGAGCCUCAGCCCCUGGGACAAGGCUACGCUCAGCCUGGUGAGUCACACACACAGAUAGAUAUGUGUGAGGCGUGAACAAACGGUUGUAAUUCACCCAUGUGUUUCAGGGUCGUGGCAUUCUCUCCAACAAGAUGGCCAGAACCAUUGCUUUCUUCUACACCAUCUUCCUGCAUUGCCUGGUCUUCCUGGUACGUGGCCUUUGACCUUUCACCUCCCACUACCCCAGUGCCCAUUGGCUAUUCAGAGAUGGUGCUGUUGUCAUAAUGUGUGUUUGUAUGUGUUCUCAGGUGCUGUAUAAGACUGCCUGGAGUGAGAGCAUUGGUCGAGACUGCUCUGCCUUCUGUGCUAAGAAGUGAGUGUUUCAUUCUGUCUUCCUCCCGGCUAGCUGAACAGCGGUGUGUUUGGGAAAUGUUAGGAUUGCCUCUAAUCUUUCAAUCUCCUCCCCUCUGUCUGUUUCUCAGGUACUCGGAUCAUCUGCAUCGUUUUCAUGAGAACGGGGACAACCUGUGAUUGGCUAAUGGGGCUUUCAAGACAAUUGGGGGGGCGGGGAACUAGGUCAAAUCAUGACGUCAGUGAUCUUCAGGUCAGAAAGUCCGAGUUCUAGAAAGAUGCCAGAGUUAAAUGACCGUUCAAAACGAUUUUUCCCAGUCGGAGCUAGUUUUUUCUGGGUUCCCAAUUGUUUUGAACGCAGCAAAAGCCCACACUGUUCUAGCCUGUAAUCUCCUAUACUGAUAUUAACUGUAAUCUCCUAUACUGAUAUUAACUGUAAUCUCCUAUACUGAUAUUAACUGUAAUCUCCUAUACUGAUAUUAACUGUAAUCUCCUAUACUGAUAUUAACUGUAAUCUCCUAUACUGAUAUUAACUGUAAUCUCCUAUACUGAUAUUAACUGUAAUCUCCUAUACUGAUAUUAACUGUAAUCUCCUAUACUGAUAUUAACUGUAAUCUCCUAUACUGAUAUUAACUGUAAUCUCCUAUACUGAUAUUAACUGUAAUCUCCUAUACUGAUAUUAACUGUAAUCUCCUAUACUGAUAUUAAUUUUGAUGAAUGAAGUUCUGAUUGACAAGAGGGGUGUUUGUUUUCAUUUGAUACAGUUAUGUUAGGGUGUUGGGAAUACUGUGAAAGCACAUGUAUAUUUGUUAAGGUAUUAAAUAUUAACAAGACAAUUUAAGAGAUGUUGGUUAAAGAUAAAGUCCUAUCCUCCAUGUUGUUUUCUCAGUGGGGUGGCCAGGCAGGGACGUUGUUUGGAGUCAGAUGAAUACGUGUGAUGUGGUUGUGUUGAGGGGUCUUUGGCUCCUAGAUUGAUGGAUUUGGAUAGAUGACAUAGUCUCCCGAGUGGCGCAGUGGUCUAAGGCACUGCAUCACAGUGCUAGCUGUGCCACUAGAGAUCCUGGUUCGAAUCCAAGCUCUGUCGUAGCCGGCCGCGACCGGGAGACCCAUGGGGCGGCGCACAAUUAGCCAGCGUUGUCCAGGGUAGGGGAGGGAAUGGCUGGCAGGGAUGUAGCUCAAGUUGGUAGAGCAUGGCGUUUGCAACGCCAGGGUUGUGGGGCCAGUAUGAAAAAUAAUGUAUGCACUCACUAACUGUAAGUCGUUCUGGAUAAGAGCGUCUGCUAAAUGACUAAAAAUGUAAAUGUAAAUCACACAGGUCAUGAUUUCUGUUGCAGUAGUUGACAUGAAUGGUUCCUGAAUCUCAUGUGGUUGAUGAUUAUGAUGAAAGAUUCCUAUAUCCCAACCUCCUCCCACCAUAUACUGACUGGAGCUGCACUCCAUAUCACUGUCAUCUCUAUCAUUCUAAAUAAACUCUAUGCAUUUACCUGUGUGUUUUGGUCACCUGGUGAUUGGUCACAAUGAGGGAUGUCACCAUAUGUGGAAUGAUGUCACCAUAGAAAUAGAAUCCAUUUCUAUGGAUGUUACCGUAGAGAUCAUAUUUUUAAUUACAAUUCUUAAUUCCUAAUUCUAUGGCUGUUAUAAUGUGAAUCAUAAUGAUGUCACAAUGACCAUUGUCAAAAUGAUGUGGUGUUAGAUUCAUAAAGACGUCACAUUGAGUGAUGUCAUAAUGUGGUGCCAAAAGGUCUGUUGUGCCAUUCUGUUUCAGAAUGUCAUAUUGAAGUCACAAUGCUUGACGUUACAGUAUGGGUCUUAAAAUGGGUUUUGUCAUAGUGGUUUAUUGCAUGAUGAAGGUCAUAUUGCAUCACACAGGUACUAAUGGUGCGUUCAAGACAACUUGGAACUCUGGGGGGAAAAAACAAGGUGAAAUCAUGACGUCAGUGAUCUUCAGGUCAGAAAGUCGGAGUUCUAGAAAGAUGCCAUAGUUAGAUGACCGUUCAAAGUGAUUUUUCCCAGUCGGAGCUAGUUUUUUUUCAGAGUUCCAAGUUGUCUUGAACGCACUGACGUCAGAAGUCUGAGAUUUCUGACUUCCCAGUUGUUUUGAGCGCAGCAAAAGCCCACACUGUAAGGAUGGAUACUGGAUAGGUGCAACCACACCCUUUCAGCGCUUUAGGGUGUUAGGAGGAGUAAUGGGGCGCGUUCGAGCGGAUCACUUUUGUGAAGUCUGAAAAGUGUGUUGCAUUAUGGGGAUUAAAAGGUUCAGGCUUCCGCCUACACGUCGACAUGAACAGAAAUCAUGUGAUCAAAAGGUCAUGAGGUUUUGACUGCAAGUUUCUGCAGUUGCUCUUCACCAACGUCAUCCUGCAUUGUGGGAGGGUCUAUUGUCCAACCAAUCAUCGGGGUGUUUUUGUUUGACCCAAGCGAACGUGACCAAAGAAGACCGAAACAGGAACCAACUUCGCUGGGAUUCCAUGUAGCCUAUACAGUGGAUGUAUACAAAUCAAUAUGAUAUUUGAUGCUCUUUCACUAAUUGAUUGUACAAUGUACACACACAUAUGAUUUCAGUUGUAUAAAACAGUGGCAACAUGUUGAUCUGAGCCUUGCUGUUGCACCCCCCCCUAGGUCACAUCCACCCUCCAGUCAGCAUAAUCACCCUGAUCCCCAGAGACUUCAAUUCACUUUUCCUCCCCUGUUUACCUGUCAGCUAAUCCAUCCCCUCACCCCGCCUCCCACAUCUACUUAAUCAGUGCACCCUCAACCCCAAUGUUACUCAAUUCAGAGCUCCGGCUUGCUCUCUCCAGUCUGUCGCCCAGCCUCGCUCCUCUCUAAAAAAAAAAAAAAACUCUCCAUAAAUAUUAACUUCCGUCUCUGAAAUAACAAAGUUCUUAAUGAGUCUAAUGGGUUGUUGUUUUUAACUGCAGUGGAGGAAUCAUCUCAAAUGCCACUUCGUCAACAUGGGUCACAAACACACAAUGGAAAAUGCAGUAAAAUACCAGUUAAAUCCAGACACUUACACUUUGAUGUCCGUCAACAAAAUGCCGUCAGCAGAGGGCGAUAGAGGAAUGUUUUCUCUGAAUUAUUUAUUGGCCUCAUGCUGGCUCUCCUCUCAUCCUCAGUUUAGGCGUGUCUGUGUUUCUGUCCGUCUAUUUCUCUGUCUCUCUUUCAGGCUCUGUCUGUCUAUCUCUCUCUCGCUCGCUCUCUCUCUCUCAUUCUCUGUCUGUCUGUCUUUGUGUGUGUUUGUCCAGUGUGGAUAAAGGGAUCUUUCUGUCCAUAGAGAUGGUCAGGAGGAAAUACUGUUAUGAAUAGUGGAUGUGCUCUUAUGUCCUCAGGCAGGAAGAAAGUUAUUGUCUGUUCCCUGUUUCUUUCGACCACACCGUUGACAUACAAACUGCUGCGUCUGCUAAUUAGGGUGUAAUUUAAUCCGUCCUGUACUGCUGAAAAAUACACGAGAAAUCACAAAACUGUAAAUAAUGUGUUGAGAUCAGAAGAGGGACGUUAAACUGACUGUCCAGUGUUUCUAUAAAAUAUGACCUAUAAUUCAUUAGAAUAUGAGUUCAAUCGUUUUCCGUUUUCCUAAGCAAGUUAGGUCCAAAAAACUGAUUAUCACCAAAGUCAAAUAAAUGUAUUGUGUUAGAGGUUUCAUGAUGUAUCCAAACCAACGUAGAUCGUUUUUAAGACUGUUGGGAUCUCCAUAAGCUACACGAUGAGGUCCUAAACCUAGAAUGAAAGCUAUGUCAGAAUGUUUGCCUUGGGGUAAGUUGAGCCAAUGGCCUCCAUAUCCCGCACAAAUGAUGAUUACAUUUAGAUCUGUUUUAAUGCGUAAUAUGCAUAUAGUUUUUUGCAACGUGUCAUGCGUAUGAAUUCAAGAUUAAUUUUUAUCAUUACAGAGCAGACAUCAACAUGCCCCCGUUUAUACAAAUGUUAAACAAGCAGGGUUCUCUAGCCCCCCCCUUGAGGUUCUUGAGAAAGCCGCCAAGGAAGUGAGAGGAGAAGUCUAUUGGAGCAGAAAAAUGGACUGAAUGACUCUGAAGAUUUACAUGAACAUGGACCUGUGUGAAAGAGAGGCUAUGAUAGAGUAGCAGAGGAACACAAGGUCUUAUCUGAUGACAUGGAGUCUGAGCUUGCUAAACGUACCAAGAGAUCUCGCGGACCAGUUUCAUGGGCUCAGUAGCCUCAUGCAGAGAACUUGCAUACGAAUUGGCACAUCUAAACAACGUCCCUGUCCCAGACAACUGCUCAAGAAAUAGAAGGGUAAGUGAUAUUGACCAGAGAGAUCUAUAUCUGAAUGUAGGCGUACAUUUCAGAUAUACCAUAUACCACACCCCCCAUUCCAUGAAUUAAACUUUGACCUACCAGCACCAUCACCCACUUACCCCAAGCUGUCUCAACUUACCAUGUCCCUAUCCUCAGUUUACCCCAUACCCAGGUUAAGUUGUGCCAGGAGACCACUUUUUUUCAGGACAAGAUAUGUUUUCAAAACUGUUAUGUUUACCUGAAUUCUGAUUAUUACCAGGGAUACACAACAUCCUGAAAUACAUGUAGAUAUUUUUGUUUGAAAGAAUAAUAUAUUUCCCUUGAUGUAGUGAUGCUUUUCUCUGUUGGAAUGAUGUGGGCGUACCCCCAACAACAGAAUGGUGUGGGCGUACACCUGUCAUUACAAAUAUUAACGCGAGAAGACCGCUGAUUGGCCAGCUCAUCAUCCUGAGGAGGAUGACAUCAUUCUCUAUGAGGAAAUAGCAAGCGUUUUUUAAAACGGUCUGUGAUACAAGUUUGAGGUGGGGUUUUUUUAUGCGUUGGCCACAAAUCCGGGUAUAGGAAGAGUGAACAACAUUAUUUGGGUAUGAGUUAACAGAAUAUGAAUUUCACUGGGCAGUUACUUUAAACCCCUGUUUUAAGACUGCUCUGCAGGGUUAAGGUUAAUGCCAUUACAAUUCCAGUCAAUUCAGGAAGUCCACUGAAAGUCCAAUUCUCUACCAUCCUUUUCAAUUAGGAAUGUGUGGAAUUGGAAUUUGGUUUACUUUCGGAAUUGACCCCAACCCUGUUCCCCAGGCCAGAACUCCUAUAUGUGAAGUGUUCCCAGCCUACCAUUCAGAAGCAUCUUCAUUCCCUUCUUAGUAGCUGUUGAAAUCUCAUUCACUGAUUCAACAUCAUUCAAGAUUUUCUCUUUUGUGUUGCUAAGUACCUCAGCUCAGAAAAUGCAGAUUUUCCCCCCCAUUAUUAGUACAAAGAGUGUGUGUGAGGGGGGGUCAUACAUUUUUCGACAGCACCCCUCCACCCAUCCACCCCUCCACCCCUCCACCCCUUCACCCCUUCACCCCUCCACCCAUCCACCCCUCCACCCCUCCACCCCUCCACCCCUUCACCCCUCCACCCCUUCACCCCUUCACCCCUCCACCCCUUCACCCCUCCACCCCUUCACCCCUCCACCCCUCCACCCCUCCACCCCACCACCCCUUCACCCCUCCACCCAUUCACCCCACCACCCCUCCACCCCUCCACCCCACCACCCCUCCACCCCUCCACCCCACCACCCCUUCACCCCUCCACCCCUUCACCCCUCCACCCCUCCUCCCUUGUUCCCUUCAUAUUCCUAGGGAACUGUCUGUACCUCCCCCACAACAACCCCGCCUCUCUCUAUCUUUCUUUCCCAGCAUGCAGUCGCUUAGUCCGGUUCCCCCCAGGCGUUGCCAUGGAAACAGACCGCUGUCAGGUUGCUCCUGCUGA